AUGCGAUUGUGCCGCGAGCGUCUCGCCCUCUGGCUUGCGGCUAUACUCCAACCUUCGGUAGUAGUAACCGACACCGCCGGACCACUUGCGUGGGUAUCUAUCGCCGGUCUCUCCGUAUACUCUAUCGCUCGUCCCUGCGCAGCUGGAUGUAUCCGCUACAACGGCUUAUACAUGUGCGAAAUCAAGGCGGACGCACACGACGUUGGACUUACGCUCGGGUGUAGAUGCAAGCCGUUGAACGCUUGCUACUGCAGCGAAGGAUAUCAAAGUGCUGCAACGAGCUACAUCCAAAGCUGCGUCAGCGCGAAUUGCGAGGGCCUUCCGAAUGCCGACGGCGAUGUGACGAGCUGGGGCUCGGUAGUUCUCCCGGCGAACUCUACAGCAACUGCGACCGCGCCCGCGACCGACCGUCUCGAUAACCCCGCCGCUACGACAGCGUCCGGCGCAGAAGAAGAUGAGGGCGAUGACGGACUAAGCAAAUCAGAUAUCAUCGCACUCGCUACUGGCUUGGGCGUUGGUAUACCCAGUCUUGCCGUUGCGGCCAUCGCACUGGUGAUACAGCUAAGAAGGAGGAGGUCGGCGGCUGCGAUCGAGCUUGCUUCCGUGCUAACGCCUUCCACGAGUCAGACCAAUAUGCUACUUGGUGCGACACCUCGUGCUGGAUUCGGAGGAGCGGGACAGCAUGUACAGGCAUAUGAACUUGGUAGGAACCAAUGGAGAUGAGGUCAGAGGGCGGUGGAUAGCCUCUAAAGAGUCGCAUACGAGUGGGCUUUUUCGUAGGGCAGAUCCGUGCAGGUGCUCUGGAAGCAUCCUUCCGGCAUAUAUCAUCCAUUGUGAGGAAGGUUGUUGGAUAGAGGUUUAAAUUAAGAGGCCAGAUUGGUGCGACUCCCCGUUCCGUGUUUGGAGCGAUUAAGGAGGUGUGAACUUGAGAUGGAUGAGGUAUUACAUAUGCG